AUAGGCAGCUAGGAAUUGACUUGUGCCUCGUCUCCCCUGUCCCUUCUCUGUCUUACCUCUACUCCAAGUCUUCUUCUCCACUCCCCAACCUGUAUCUCCCUCUGUAAUCCCCAAAUUAUCGAGAGGAACUGUAUGAUCCGAGUAAAUUCGUGAGAUUUGAUCGUGGUACAUCACAGUUGGUAUCAGAUUCGGGCGAUUGGCGGCGGGGUGGGGCGAAUCGAGCUCGGUUACGGCUAGGUUGGGCUCUCCCGUGAAAUUCCGAGCCGUGAUCGGGGUUCGCGGCGGCGGUGUGGCGGCCGUUGUCAGAGUCGGCGCCGGUGGUGUUUUCUGUGGCGGCGGUGAUUGUUCGGCUUCGGAUUCAGGUACGCUCGCGAUUUCCCUCGGUUCCUUCUGAGGGUGUGAAAUUCCGGCGAGCGGCUGGAUUUACGAGGCAGGGCGGCGAGCGGGUCGGUUAUAGAGGCUCAGGUUGGGGGCGUCUGUAAAACUCCUGAGGCUCGCCGACUCCGGCGGCGGUAGACGAGGGCGCUACGGCUCCGACGAAGGCAAGUGUGCAGACGCGUUUAGUGCUCGAUUCGAUGGCCACAUUCGAGGCAUCUGUUAUGAAGCAGCUUGAAGCUCUCUCCAAGGCCACUGAACAUCUCGGACGUAUUGACGAGAUAGCAGCUCGCCUGGACGAAUUGGAUUUGAAGAUGGCUGAACAAGUGCAACGGCUCGAUAUUGUUCAGAGUAACGUGAAUCUGACAAUGAAGUCCAUGGGUGAGGCGCGUCAGGAACAGGCAGAUGCAGCACGAGAAAUGCAGCACAAGCAAUCUCCCCACUCACCAACUACGGGUGGAGAUGGCAUUUUGGGCUCUCCUCCUUCUCAGAAACAACAGCAACCACAUGUACCUGUUACUUCUCAGGGUCGUAUAGCUGUUAAUACAGAUAGGCUGCAAGGUGAGACAGGUUCCAGUGGAGAGUUCCAGAGUAGAAAACCGUGGAUGCCAAAGAUGGACUUUCCUAGAUUUGAGGGCACUGAUGUUAGAAUUUGGUUGGAUGGGUGUGAGGCGUAUUUUUCCCUGUAUGACAUUCCAGAGGCGUUUAAGGUGACUUCAGCCACAUUGCAUAUGUCAGGGAAUGCUGCAAAUUGGUAUCAUGCAUACAAAUUAUCACAUCACUGGCCUAGUUGGAGUGAAUUUCGCACAGCAGUCACUGCUGAAUUUGAUUGCAAUGUUCACAGGAACAAAAUGAAAGAGUUAAUGUUACUUAAGCAGUCAGGUUCAGUCACAGAGUAUCAAAGGGAAUUUAGUCAGUUGGUGUACCGUUUACUAUUGUAUGAACAGUCAGUUAGCGACACAUUCCUGGUCACCCGAUUCCUGAUGGGACUGAAAGAAGAGAUAAGGGGCGCAGUGGAGAUACAACUACCAAACAUAGUUUCGGAGGCUGCUGCUUAUGCUGUGAUACAAGAGGAGGUGGUUGGUAGGAACAAAUAUGGGAGACCAAACACUGGCAGAACUAUGGUCUCAAAGUAUGGUAACAAGAUUAACUCUGUUCCAUCUGGAGAACUUUGGAAAGCGCGUCAGCUGAAAGAGUUCAGGCGUGUUAAUGGUCUGUGUUACAGUUGUGGAGAGAAGUAUGUGCCAGGACAUAUCUGUUCCAAGACCACACCAACCCAGGUGCAUGUACUGCAGUCUGAAACUCCUGAAGUUUUAAGUGAUGAAGUUCUUGAUGUUGUGAUUGCCCAGGAAGAAGCAUUGGCUGAAAUGCAGUUAUCUGUGAAUGCUGUGUCAGGAGCUGAUCACCCAAAAACCAUUAGACUCAGAGCUUUAAUUGGCAAUCAGGUGGUUAUUAUUUUGUUGGACUCUGGCAGUACCAAUAGUUUUAUUGACUCUGCCUUAUUGCCAAGGAUUAAAGUGUCACCUAGACCACUGAACAAGACACUGUCUGUUAGAGUGGCUAAUGGAGAUAUGCUACAAUGUUCUGAAGAAGUGAUUGAUUUACACUGGUGGGUGCAAGGGCACACCUUCAAAUACGAUUUUAAAUCUAUUGCUUUGGGUGGGUAUGACAUGAUCCUAGGGAUAGAUUGGUUGGAGCAGUGGGGUGAAAUGGUGUGUCAGUGGAAGGAGAAAUGGGUGCAAUUUCAUCGGGAAGAUCAGAUCAUUAAGUUGCAAGGCAUGACAACUAGUGUCCCUACUGAACUGAAAGAGUUAUCAGUGGAACAGGCAAUUAGAUGGCACAAUGGCAAUGACAUUUGGGAUACUGUGCUUAUUUCCCCUCAGCCAAUUAAACAGAGAGAAGAGGUUCUUUCUGAAGUUCAGCCUCUCUUAGCAGAAUUUGCUGAUGUGUUUCAGGAACCCUGCACUUUACCUCCUAGAAGAGCGCAUGAUCAUGCAAUACAUCUGUUACCUGGUGCAGUACCUGUGAAUGUCAGGCCAUAUAGAUAUUCUCCUCUGCAGAAAGAUGAGAUUGAGAGGCAGGUGGCAGAGAUGAUUGCAGCAGGCACCAUUGUCCCUAGCAUCGGCCCUUUUGCUUCUCCAGUGCUUUUAGUUAAAAAGAAAGAUGGGACAUGGAGAUUUUGUGUGGACUAUAGGAAGUUAAACUCUAUCACUUUGAAGAAUCCAUUUCCGAUGCCCAUUGUUGAUGAGUUGUUGGAUGAGUUGGGAGGCUCUAAAUGGUUUUCAAAAUUGGAUUUGAGGGAUGGUUAUCAUCAGAUAAGAAUGGUUCCUGAAGAUGAACAUAAAACUGCCUUCAAAACACAUUGUGGGCACUACCAAUUUAAAGUGAUGCCAUUUGGUUUGGCUUGGGCCCCAUCCACUUUUCAAUGUGUGAUGAACUUCACUUUUGCUCCUCAAAACAGGAAGUACGUGAUCAUGUUCAUGGAUGCAUUUUGGUUUUUAGCAAAUCAUUGAAGGACCAUUUGAUACACCUCAGAAAUGUGUUGCAAAUAUUUGAGAGAGAAUCAAUUUUAUGCUAAACUUAGCAAGUGCACGUUUGCUCAACAGAAGCUGGAGUACUUAGGGCACAUCAUCUCUGAUACUGGGGUAGCCACUGAUCCUGAAAAAACCAGAGCUAUGGUAGAGUGGCCCAGACCUGCAAAUGUCACUGAGUUGAGAGGUUUUUUGGGCUUGACAGGUUAUUACAGGAAAUUUGUCAAGGGUUAUGGGAUUAUUGUGAAACCAUUGACUCAAUUACUGAAGAAGCAAGCUUUUGCUUGGUCUGACAGUGCUCAACAGGCUUUUGAGACUCUGAAAAAGGCCAUGGCAUCAACUCCUGUACUGGGAUUACCUGAUUUUGAAAAGCCUUUCACUGUUGAAACAGAUGCGUGUGCUACUGGAGUGGGGGAUGUUCUACUCCAACAAGGUCACCCUAUCCCAUUGUUAGAGUCCGAAGCAAAAUGGAGCCUCCCCGUGCGUUUGGAUUUUCAGCCGUUGGAUUGGCCGUCCAAAUGAGUUUUAGCCGUUGGAUCGUGAGAUGGGGAUAUCCUGACCGUUGGAUCGUGUGAUGGAGAGAGCUGGCCGUCGGAUCAAAAUCAAACACUGCAGUCCAUGCCACCGCCAGUAAUUCUCGUGCCCCACCGAGGUCAUUCUCGUCUUUUCACGCAUGAACAUAUAAAAUGCAGCACCCCCGUGGUGAAACCCUAGCUGCCUCUCUCCUUUCCCACUCUCACCCCGACUCCCUCUCGCUUCCUCCCGCACCUCGCGCCGCCACCCUGCCUCCUCUCCUCCCAUAGCCGUCGACCACCCUCCCCGCCCCGCGUCUUCGCUCAGUCGCCGCCUCGCUCCCCGCCAGCCAUCCUCCCUGCCCGCCGCCGCCGCCGCCACCAUCCUUCCCGUUUGUCGUUGCCACGCCAUCGCCGCCACCUACCAGACGGCGCUGUGAAGGACAACACCAGAGAGGGAUGGCGUCGCCGGUGUGGUGGAGGGUGAAGGAGGUGCACGUGGCAAGGUUGUCGUGCUGUCCCGCGGAUCCGUGCUGGCUGACGACAAGGUGGCCAGCAGGGUGCAGCACGCUCGAUACUACGCCGUCAACUGCCACCACCGGGCUCCCCCGAAGAUCAAGACUCUGAAAGAUGUGGGAGUUACAGAACUUGUGUUGGCCAUCAAUUAACACUGGAAAUUUAAUUAAUCUCUCUAUAGUUAAUUUUAUUGCCCUGCAACGGUGUAUGCCAGAUACAACUGCGGCAAUUUAUCGAUCCAAUUUGAGUAAGUUUUAGUGCAGUUGCUUGGUUUGCUGCCUACUACAAGGUGAUUGACAACCUGCUCUUUUGCUUACGUGUUUGUCGGAAAGAGAAAGGGGCAAAUCCCUCUAAAGUAUGAUUCCAGUAUUCUCAUAUGAAGCUAAUCUGCUCUUUUGCUUGCGUGUCUACCGGAAAGAGAUAGGGGCAAAUCUCUCGAAAGUAUGAUUCCAGAAUUCUCAUAUUUUGAUCAAUUCCUAUAUAUAUGUUUGUGGGGUGUACUACCUUUUGUUAUGAUUCUUGAAGUACCACUUAACUUCGAUCCUUGUCUGCUAUUAUGUGAUGCCAUUGAUUGUUAUGUAUGCUUGCUCCUACCUCUUUCUUUCAGAAAUACCAUUUGUUUGGAUUACUUCCUAUUUUAAUUAAUCAUGUUGUUUAUGCACAGAUUGGUUGGAUAGAGAUGGCUCAAAGGUUUUGUGGGUAGAAUGUGAGACAUCCCAAUUAAAGUUCCAUGAAGAAAGAUCCCAAAUGAUGGCAUGUUGUGAUGCUACUCGAUGGCUUGUGGGCUAAAUUAAUGGAAGGAUAAUGAAUUAGCAGUUAAGGUGAUUAACCCCGGUAGGCAGGGGAUGCGAGGAGGCAGGAAGCACAGUUGCAGUGCGGAGCAAGG